AGCCGCCCAGGCGGGUGUGAGGCGGCGCGCGGCGCGGGUAUCGCGAUAGUCGCGCGGCCCGGACGCUCCCGUGCUGCCCGUGGGCGCUGCGCAGCUGUGGGCCCGCCGCACGGCUCGGCACAGAGCGACAGGCGCGUCCUGCCCGGCGCGAGCGGCUGCCGGGACACGGCCAGGGGUGCGCGAGAGGCUCGCGGAUUUAAAUUAAAUAAAAGAUGGACUGGAGUGGAAAACACAAUGGGCCCAAUGAUACAACCAAUGACGGAACAGUGGUACGACUCCGAGGCCUCCCAUUUGGGUGCAGUAAAGAAGAGAUUGUUCAGUUUUUCCAAGGGUUGGAAAUCGUGCCAAAUGGGAUAACAUUGACGCUGGACUACCAGGGGAGAAGCACAGGGGAGGCCUUCGUGCAGUUUGCUUCAAAGGAGAUAGCAGAAAAUGCUCUGGGGAAACACAAGGAAAGAAUAGGGCACAGAUACAUUGAAAUCUUCAAAAGUAGUAAGAGCGAAAUCAGAGGAUUCUCUGACAUGCCAAGAAGAAUGAUGGGACAACAGCGACCUGGACCAUAUGAUAGACCAUUGGGAGGAAGAGGGGGUUAUUAUGGAGCUGGGCGUGGAAGUAUGUAUGACAGAAUGCGUCGAGGAGGUGGUGGAUAUGACGGUGGGUAUGGUGGCUUUGAUGAUUAUGGUGGCUAUAAUAACUAUGGCUACGGAAACGACGGCUAUGACGACAGGAUGAGGGAUGGGAGAGGCAUGGGAGGCCAUGGCUAUGGAGCUGGAGAUGCAGGGUCGGGGUUCCAUGGUGGAGGUCAUUUUGUUCACAUGAGAGGGCUGCCUUUCCGAGCCACGGAAAACGAUAUUGCUAACUUUUUCUCCCCAUUGAACCCUAUAAGAGUUCACAUUGACAUUGGAGCAGAUGGAAGAGCCACAGGAGAGGCAGAUGUGGAGUUUGUGACCCACGAGGAUGCAGUGGCUGCCAUGUCCAAGGAUAAGAAUCACAUGCAGCAUCGGUAUAUUGAGCUGUUCCUGAAUUCCACUGCUGGAGGUGGCUCUGGAAUGGGAGGCUAUGGCAGAGAUGGAAUGGAUCAAGGGUACGGCUCUGUCGGUAGAAUGGGCAUGGGCAGCAAUUACAGCGGUGGCUACGGAACCCCCGACGGCCUGGGGGGAUACAGUCGUGGCAGUGGAAAUAGUGGAGGAUACUAUGGGCAAGGCAGUAUGGGUGGAGGAGGCUGGCGUGGGAUGUAUUGAAGGAUAGCCUUGCUUCUGCAAAACAUCUUGGAAGAAACAGUCUCUGGUCUACUAGACUUUCUUACAAAAUUUAAUUUCUUUUGUAUUUUAAGAACUUUAUAAUGACUGAAGGAAUGUGUUUUCACAAUGUUAUUUGGUAAGCAACAGAUUGUGAUGGGAAAAUCUGUUUUCUGUAGGUUUUAUUUGUUGCAUACUCUGACUUUAAAUAAAUUUUUAUAUUCAAACCACUGAUGUUGAUACUUUUUAUACUAGUUACUCCUAAGGAUGUAUUACAUAUUCCAGACUACAGUCGGUUUAAAAUGUUGUACUAUGGUUCCAUAAAGGUGGUUGUACUGUAACUCCUAUGAACACUGAUUCAGUUCUAUGUAAUCUUGGUCUAGUGAACAAAUGGAAACUUUCACUUGUUUAGGGGAGAAGGGUAGAUGAGUAGGUUAGUUUAUUUGGUAAUUCCUUUCCUAAACCCUUUUGGUGAGUUGUAUGUGCUAACUGCAGCACAGCAGAACGCUGUGCAGGCUCAGUCACUGCUCUGGCUUCCUCCUGCUGCCAGCACCCCAGCAAAUGCCCAGCUGUGGAGGAGCAGCACCCCUUUGUGCCCCCACAGCCCCCAGGCCACGAUGGUUCCACCCUGCAUUCACACCUGUAACCUGCCUAACAAACAGCACAGCUUGGAGCUAACACCACUUAGGUCAAAUACUGGUCAUUGGAUGCUUUUCACUUCUGAUCUUUUUAGCAAACAUGCUUUAGGAAGAGUGGGGGAUUUGGAAGCAAAUUAUUUCUUUUCUUUCUUGAAUUUAUUGUAUUUAAACAUGGUUCAGCAUUUUUUUCACUGCAGAGAGCUGAUUUGUCUGUAUUUGUUCAAGGUUUGCAAAACCAUUCCACACAGGAGCUCAUUGGAAGCCAAGAUCUCUAAAAGGUCUAUAGGCCCAAUACCUUUUCAGUAACACACAACCCAAACACGGUGAUAAAACUUUCUGUGCAUUUGUGACAUGUAAGAUAUGUAAGAAAAUUAUUGUUUGAAGACACUUAACAUACCUGAUGUGUAAUGGAAAAAGGUAUUUAUUCUUCUGAGCCAGUGUGAUCUCCCAAAUUAACUGCUUUGUCCUCAAUGCCUCCCUUAAAAUGUCAAAUGUGAUCUUGGGUAUUGCAAGUCUGUCACCUGUUUUGCUAGUACUGUGUUAUAUCUGUAAUAAAUGUCUUCUUGUGGGAGA